GUGCAGUAUUCACAAGCCCACUUAAUUCCACGUUCUGACAUUGUGCACUUCUUGAAGUGAGUUAUGUCAAGCAGGAAGCUGGCGGCGGCGGCUCCUCCUCCAGCUCCUGCUUCUCCUCCCCGUCCGGACCUCGGCGCCCGGCGGCGGCGGCGGCGGCGACUCCCGAGCAGCCAGCGGCUACGAGCCGAGCCCGGCCCCUCUCCGCCUCCCCCCGCGCCGCCUCCGCCCUCUCCUCUCAGUCAGGACAUGGUCUCCGUGGGCCCGCGCGCGGCUCCCGGCUGCCGGGGGUGGGGGCAGAGGGGCGGGGACCGGGCGCGGAGGCGAGGGGGAUGUCUGGGGGUCGGGGGAGAAAAGAGGGAGGACGACCUAGGGCGCUGCGGGAUCGCAAUGGCGGCGGUAAGCAGCCCCCGAGCCAAAUCAGCCCCAAGGCGAGCAAGGCGACGUCAAGGCGGGACCCAGUCGCUCGCCGCACUAUCAUUGGCCCCGAGGCCGUGGCUGUACAGCCAAUGGGAGGCCGCUUCUUUCGGGGCGCAGGAGGCGGGCCGCGGAACGGUGACGUCAAGCCGGCGCCCGGCCCUGAUUGUGAGGCGGCCUGCGCGCGGGGGCUACGGACCCCGGCGGCUUGCGGGGGAUCCCCGGAGGGCGCGGGCCGGGGGGCACGCCGGCGGCGCGGCCCGGUCCCAGGGGGACGGGAGGAGGGGCGCCUUCUCGCGCGAGGAGCGACUCCCUUUUCCCCCUGUCUUUAGCAGAUUCCGGGGUGAGAAGUCAGCCUCCGAGUCUCACGUCUCCUUGGUGACUACUUGCAGAGCCGGCUUCAUGUUUCUCAAUUUCACACACCAGGAAGAUCCAUGUUUAUGAUGUUGUUUGUGAUAGUCUAAUUCUUAUAUAUUUUUACAAUGUCUUGUUUUGGUUUUUUUUUUUUACCUUUGAGGCGUUGUGUGUAUACUUCUAACCUGUAUUACGUGUGUAUAUAUAUGAUGAAAAGCCGUAGAGUUAUAUGCCAAUUGUAUCUCAAUAAAAUAAAGGCUUUUUAAAAUAAAAGCUCUUUUCCAUUUCUGA